AAAGCCAGCCAAUGACGUUUUGCGCAUGCUCACGUUGAGCCAGAGAGCUGCAAGGAAAAACUACAAGAGACAAAGGAAUAAACAACUCAAGAAGUUGACGCGAAAACGCCAAGUUAAAGGAACGAAAGUAGCCCAGACUGUAACAUAACGUAUAGAGACAGAGCCAAGGUUAUCUCUACAGUUCUCACGGUGGUCUACUUAUGGCACUUUCCAGGGUCCUGCACUGCUGACCCAUUUAGUUCAAGUCAUGCUGUAACUCUUUUCCACCCUGAUGUCGGCCAAAAUGGAAAGAACUGCUCUGCCCUAGUGGUUACUAUGGUGCUUGACAAGUCUUUGUGCAAUAACAACAUGAAGAACACAGAAAGAGGACACAAUCGAUUCUGCUUCUGAGAAGAUACGUCGGUUUCCACUUGUGUUUUUGUUCUUUUCACUAAUUCACUGCAAGGUGCACUGGCUCACCUUUCACUCCAGUAGCGACCUCCCCUCCCCUUGCCACUCAUCUCGUGCAGCUGAGAGGUUGCUGUGGAGAUGAUAGUGGUGACAUAGAAGCAGGAAUGGGGAGUACUCCAUGUUCUGGUAAGGGGAGGGGGGUCGGGGGUUUUCCGGAGCUGGGCUGUAUGCCAUGGAAAGUCAGCAAGCAGAAAGGAGAAGUCGUCGGUGGACGUGGGUCCGAGCUGGAGGAUAGGCCUGAUGCUGGAACGCCCCCCACCUCGUCACAACCUCCUACCAUUUAUCACGAAAAGCAGCAUCGGGAGCUGUGCGCUUUGCACGCCCUGAACAAUGUCUUCCAGGACGGAGCGGCAUUCAGCCGUGAUGCACUUCAGGACAUCUACCAGAGGCUCUCCCCUAGCACACUGGUCACUCCCCACAAGAAAAACAUGCUGGGAAAUGGCAACUAUGAUGUGAACGUCAUCAUGGCUGCAUUGCAGACUCGUGGGUUUGAGGCUGUUUGGUGGGACAAGAGAAGGGAUGUCUGCAGCAUUGCACUACCGAACGUCACUGGAUUCAUCUUGAAUGUGCCAUCCAAUCUGCGCUGGGGGCCGUUGCGACUGCCCCUCAAGCGGCAACACUGGAUUGGAGUUCGAGAAGUGGGAGGAGUCUACUAUAACUUGGACUCCAAACUUCGCAUUCCUCAUGCUAUCGGAACAGCUGAUGAACUGAGGAAGUUCUUGCGUCACCAGCUUCGAGGGAAGAACUGUGAACUCCUAUUGGUUGUGCCAGAGGAGGUGGAAGUCCACCAGACGUGGAGGUCUGAUAACUGAUGAAUGUUUUUGAUUGCUUUUUUUUUUUUUUUUUUUGAGAAUUCUCAAAUUAAUGCUCAGGAGGGAAAUGUGAGGUUCAAUCAGGGACCCAUAUAAAGAGCAAAUGGAGUCGCACUCAACUAGUCAUGAAAGCACACUGCUCAGACUUUGUUUGCACAUACACACACACACACACACACACACACACCCCGCUGGACUCUUGCCAUGGAGACUGAAGCAGCAAAGGACACAGGGAUAUCACAAGACUAAAAACUAAACACUACGCAGAGAAUUUUAUUUGGUUCUUUGGGAUUCUGAUGCAUUUUUUUAUACAUUGAUUUAUUUUACUUUGUACUGUUUUCUGACUUGAAAGUAAGAGGUUAUGGAAUUCUUAGUGAUGUGUAUCACCUGUCAUCUUCACCACUUCUCUCUUUCCAAGUGAUUUCACAUGCAUUUAUGUGUCUGAACUGUCCACCACACAUUACAGGUCACCAAAAAGGUGUUUGUUUGACCAACUGGAUUUUGUUUAACAGGGUGCAUAUGUACUUAUUUAGUGCAUGCACUUGAAGAUUUAGAGAAAGAACACAGUAGCCCCUGAUUAACCGUUUCCUACAUAUUUAAUGGCAUAGUGACAGAUGAGAUGUUUCCUGUGUAUCACAGUACAGCAUGGCACCACACUAAUUGGAUGUUUUGUGUUAGUUUCCUAUAACAAAUGUUACCAAAAUGGUCCCUUGUUAAUAUCUUACCUUAAAUUGUUGCUCUCGACACGCUUUCUUGUUAAACAGUUAAGGUUAGACUUGAUGAAUCCUAGACUACAUGUAGGAAAAUAAAAGUGUGAGAGUGUUGGUAGUUAAAAAAAAAAAAAAAACCUUCGGCUGCCAAAAACCUUGUUAUUAAUGGAAACUGUUGUAUGUACUUUUUAAAUAGAAAUAAGUUAGAAAGUUUGAGAUCUCUGAAAUCUUGCAAAGUUUAUUAUCUUUGAUUGAUAUUGACAUGGCCUUAAACUGUUUACAGAGGGAGCUGAUUUACACAAAGGGAAGUCUAAUAACGCAUCUCAGGUUAUCUUCAGAUCCAACUUGAUUAAAUGUCACUUAUGAAACACUGAUCUUCAACAUAUUAUGUAAAAUGCUUCAAAUAGAUUAUAGACACUCGAAUCAGAUACUACAACUUAAAAGGACCAUUCCACAUGUCCAUACAUGGGGUGCUUUGUUAUACUGUAGAGAUGAAUAGAUUCCUUUGCCAUGACAAUCUAAAUCCCCACAACCCUUUUUUCGGGGGACAGGGACAACAUGUGCUCAUGCCAUUGUUUUCCAUUCAAAUAAAAUGCUUAUGAUGGCACUUUAUGUAAGAUGUAAAAUGUGCUGUGACAUCAUUAAAAAUGUCUUUGUAUGUAUGCA